AUGCCAACUUUCUUGAAACACGACGGCAGGCAUUUCUGCACCAGAAUAUCGCUCCUCCUGCUCCUCCUGUCCGGCGCGGAUCUGAGGCCGCACGGCGGACCGCAGGAGUUCCAGAUCGAUGCCGUUAAACAGGACAUUUUGGCGAGGCUGGGCCUGCAGAGACCUCCGACCCUCCUAAAGUCACCGGGGCGAGAGGAGGUCGAAAAGGCACAGCGGCUCUACCAGGACUUGCGGGCGCAACUCCGCAGGAACCAAACCAAGCUGGCGGCGGCCCCGACCGUUCACCUUCUGCGGCCGAAAUUGACGCCUAUGGGCGAAGCCUCCCCUGGAAACCUGCAGGCCAGCGAGGAACGCCUCUACAGGCUGGAGUUCUCCAGGACAGCAGCUCUUCACCAGGAUCUCCACGUCCUCCGGGCUGAGUUGACUCUCUUCAAGCACUUGCUCAGCCUCCCCGGCCUCUCCCGCUUCAACGUGACGUGGCCAGCUCACGUCAAGAUCUACCGACUGGCCGCCGGGGACAGAGCCGCCCCCGAACUGCUGGCUUCCCAGGAGCUCUUGACUGCCUCGCAGACCCUCAGCCUCCAGGACGCCGUGGAGCAGUGGCUAGCGAGCUCCGAGCCCAGGCUCUGUUUGGGACUCUCGUUCUCCGCGGACAUGGGCCCAUUACUGGAGGGGAUGGCGGCUCUGCUGCUGACGGUGGAGACACAGGAACAGGGCCGGACAAGGAAGGCCAGGCAGGUGCAGCAGGAGAACUGUGGGACAGGCGACAAGAAAUGCUGCCUGCGCUCGCUCAGGGUCUCCUUCGAGGCCAUCGGCUGGGACAACUGGGUGGUGGCCCCACGGAGCUACUCCAUGUACUUCUGCGAGGGCUCGUGCCCACACAACUACAAGCCAGCCAGCAUGCAUGCCCAGAUCAAGGCUCGGUUGCACAUCCUCUCCGGGGAGACCCCGGCCCCCUGCUGUGUCCCCGCUGCUUACGAGCCCAUGGUGAUCAUGCAUUACGACAGCGAUGGGAACGUGACUGCUCAGCUCUUUGAUAACAUGAUAGUCACGCGGUGUCACUGUGCAUGACGUUCCACGGCCAUUGUUCAUGGCCCAAUCAGCUCAACUUCUCCUUGGGGUACCAUGGCACGUCAUCCUAACCUAUCAGGGUUCCGUUUUCAUUCAAACUAGGCUAGCUCUUCCUGGCACAUCGUCCCAACCUA